AUGGAGCCUUCAGGCAGUGAACAGUUAUAUGAGGACCCUGAUCCUGGAGGCAAAUCCCAAGAUGCAGAGGCCAAAAAGCAGACAGAAUCAGAACAAAAGUUGUCUAAAAUGACCCACAAUGCUUUGGAGAACAUUAAUGUGAUUGGCCAAGGCUUGAAGCAUCUCUUCCAGCACCAGCGCAGGAGGUCAUCAGUGUCCCCACACGAUGUGCAGCAAAUUCAGGCAGAUCCAGAGCCUGAAAUGGAGCUGGAAAGCCAGAACACAUGUGCUGAGAUUGAUGGUGUCUCCACCCACCCUACAGCCCUGAAUCGAGUCCUGCAACAGAUCCGAGUGCCACCCAAGAUGAAGAGAGGGACAAGCUUACAUAGUAGGCGGGGGAAACCAGAGGCUCCAAAGGGAAGUCCCCAAAUCAACAGGAAAUCUGGCCAGGAGAUGGCAGCUAUUAUGCAGUCAGGCCGGCCCAGAUCUUCAUCCACGACUGAUGCUCCUACUAGCUCAGCUGUUAUGGAAAUAGCUUGUGCUGCUGCUGCAUGUCUACCAGGAGAGGAGGCCACUACAGAGCGGAUUGAGCGAUUGGAAGUAAGCAGCCUUGCCCAGACUUCCAGUGCAGUGGCCUCUAGCACUGAUGGCAGCAUCCACACCGACUCUGUGGAUGGAACACCUGACCCUCAGCGCACAAAGGCUGCUAUUGCCCACCUGCAGCAGAAGAUCCUGAAGCUCACAGAACAGAUCAAGAUUGCCCAAACAGCCCGGGAUGACAACGUUGCUGAGUACUUGAAGCUUGCCAACAGUGCAGACAAGCAGCAGGCUGCCCGCAUCAAGCAGGUCUUUGAGAAGAAGAACCAGAAAUCUGCCCAAACUAUCCUCCAGCUACAAAAGAAACUUGAACACUACCACCGGAAGCUUCGGGAGGUGGAACAGAAUGGGAUCCCACGGCAGCCGAAGGACGUCUUCAGGGACACGCACCAGGGCCUGAAGGAUGUGGGGGCCAAGGUGACUGGCUUCAGUGAAGGUGUGGUGGACAGUGUCAAAGGUGGACUUUCCAGCUUCUCCCAGGCCACCCAUUCAGCAGCAGGAGCUGUGGUCUCAAAGCCUAGAGAGAUUGCCUCAUUGAUUCGGAACAAAUUUGGUAGUGCAGACAACAUCUCUAACCUAAAGGACUCUUUAGAGGAAGGGCAAGUGGAAGACGGGGGCAAGACUUUGGGAGUAAUUUCAAACUUUCAGUCAAGCCCAAAAUAUGGUAGUGAAGAAGAUUGUUCUAGUGCCACAUCAGGCUCAGUGGGAGCCAACAGCACCACUGGGGGCAUCGCUGUAGGAGCAUCCAGCUCCAAAACAAACACCCUAGACAUGCAGAGCUCAGGAUUUGAUGCACUACUACAUGAGAUCCAGGAGAUCCGGGAAACCCAGGCCAGACUAGAGGAAUCCUUUGAGAAGCUCAAGGAACAUUAUCAGAGGGACUAUUCCUUAAUAAUGCAGGCCUUACAGGAGGAGCGAUAUAGAUGUGAACGACUAGAAGAACAACUAAAUGACCUAACAGAGCUCCACCAGAAUGAAAUCUUGAACUUGAAGCAGGAAUUGGCCAGCAUGGAAGAGAAAAUCGCUUAUCAGUCCUAUGAACGAGCCCGGGACAUCCAGGAAGCCCUGGAGGCAUGCCAGACCCGCAUCUCCAAGAUGGAGCUACAGCAGCAGCAGCAGCAGGUAGUACAGCUGGAAGGGCUGGAGAAUGCCACUGCCCGGAACCUUCUGGGUAAACUGAUCAACAUCCUUCUUGCUGUCAUGGCGGUCCUUUUAGUCUUUGUCUCCACAGUGGCCAACUGCGUGGUUCCCCUUAUGAAGACUCGCAGCAGGACGUUCAGCACUUUAUUCCUUGUGGUUUUCAUUGCCUUUCUCUGGAAGCACUGGGAUGCUCUCUUCAGCUAUGUGGAGCGGUUCUUUUCAUCCCCUAGAUGAUGCUGGCACAAGAAGGCAGCUGCUCCCCUUACCCUCUGGCGAGUGCAUGCAGCGAAGAAUUAGACAGCAACUUAACCUACUCUGAAGUUUUCUACAGCAACAAAAGAGUUGAGUGAAUCUGUUUACAUUUAGAAUAAUGUUUUUUUUCUUCAAGAGACACAAUUGCAAUAGUCUUUUUUAGAUUUUAUCCAAGAAGUUUUUUGGGCGAAAAUCUUGGAUCAUUUUUAUGUAGCAUGAUUUUCCUUGGGAUGCAAAUCUUAAACAGUCCUUUAACAUGAACCAACAAUCUGGAGCACACUGAAGGGCAUUCUAAAUUGUGGCUUGAAUGACUGCACUAAAAACCCACUUAAAAAAAAUGAGGAAAACUUGAUUAGGGCAAACUAUUUAAACUAAGCACCCUGCUUUGUCUGGGCUCCUCACCUUUCCCCUUCCCAGACUAACUUUACUGUGAAGUCCUAUCACAUUCCAUGUCUGAAUGGUUGGAUUCAGGGUGGAUUUUCCUUGUCCAUGGAAGAACACGUGGAUCUCCCCGACUCUCUCACCCAAGUUGGCCACUCAUGCUAACCCUGGAAGUCUGGUCACUUUUGAACUUGGCCCCUUAACCUUUGCUAGGACACAAAAGUGAAAGCAUCGUGCCCCACACAGGAUCACUGCACAGUCCUACUACAGUAUUUUGAAGUAGCCCUCUAAAUACUUAAUUUUAAGCAAAAUUCUUUGGCCGAACUUUUAAGGUUUUGUUUUGUUUUUAAUAUGUGUAUAUUUACCAAUUAAAAAAAAAAAAAAAUCUGAACAGCAUACUUGAAGAAUGUAAUACUCAAACUCUCAGUGCUUCCUUAUGGUUUCUAAUAGGAUUUUUUAUUGUUAUUAUUAUUAUUGGGUUUUUUUGGAAAGGGUUGGGAGGGUCUUUUAUUUUUCCUUUGAAAUAAAGAAGUGAUGUUUUUAAAUGAA